AUGGCCAAUGAAACAACGCAUGAUACGUUGGAGCAUUUUUGUCAUGGUAUAAUAAAGUUGUACGGUGCUCGUUAUCUGAGAAAGCCUAUAUGGUACGAUCUUCAACAAAUUUACGAGGUCCAUUCUAAUCAACACGGUUUAUCGGGCAUGAUCGGGAGCUUGGAUUGUCGCCAUUGGCGGUGGUAUAGUUGUCCAGCCGCAUGGCGAGGUCAACACACACGAGGUGACCAAGACGGACCAUCUGUUAUUCUUCAAGCGGUUACCUCACUGGACCUUUGGGUUUGGUCGGCUUACUUUGGUAUCGGGGGGUCAUGCAAUGAUAUAAACGUUUUCGAACAAUUACCAUUGGUAGAGGACUUCAUUUAUGGUAGAGCUGCAAAAGCAUCUUUUUAUACAAACGGAAACUACUACCAUGCACGGAUACUAUUUGUGUGA